AUGGCUGUAAAUGGUGAACGUUUUAACCAAGCGGUCCCACCCAGCUUGAAAGUCAUCAUCGUAGGUGCUGGCAUUGGAGGACUCUCUGCUGCAAUCAGUCUGAGACAGCAAGGUCACGAUGUUGUCAUCUUCGAAUCCAGCCGGUUUGCGGCUGAAAUUGGAGCAGCUAUACAUAUUCCACCAAAUGCCCAUGGUUUAUUGAAGCGAAUGGGUAUUAUCCCAAGUGAAAGUGGUGCAAACCUAUGCACUUUAAUCACUACAUUCACUUCGAGUGGCAAAAAGCUAAGCUCUGUCGAUACUGCCGCGCCCAGUCACCUUUGGCAGGAUAAGUGGCUUCUUGGACAUCGAGUCAAGGUACACAAUGCAUUGAAGGAGCAGGCCCUCAAGUUGGGGUCUCAGUUAAACCUUCACAUUCCGGUUGUCGACGUCGACCCGGAGGAUGGAAUAGUAAAACUGUCGGAUGGAUCGACACAUCAAGCAGAUGUUGUUGUGGGUGCAGAUGGUGUUCACUCAAUCACUAGGCAGAUCGUUGUUCCUGGACAUCCGAAGCCCUUUUCUAGUGGCAAAAGUGCCUUCAGGUUUCUGAUUCCACGGCAACUCAUACUGGAUGACCCACAAACACGACCAUAUGUACAAAAUGACGGCAACUUGGUCAUGGUUAUGGGCUCAGACCGUCGACUCGUAAUGUACCCGACCAGCGACAAUACACUGCUUAAUUUCGUGUGCAUCCACCCCGAGAGCGAGACAUCCUCCACUUCUACGGGUGAUUGGAACAACGAAGCGAACAAGGACACAUUGCUCACUGUGUUCAGAGACUUUCACGAUGACUUUCUGGCGAUCUUGCGAAAAGCUGAUGAAAAAUCUUUGAAGGUUUGGAGGUUGAUGGACAUGGAGAUACUGCCUUCCUGGAUAAGAGGUCGAUUGGCAUUGCUUGGGGAUGCAGCUCAUCCAUUCCUACCGCAUCAAGGGCAAGGAGCAGCAGUUGCUAUCGAGGAUGCUGCCGCUCUAGGAACAGUCUUAGAGCGUAAUCUCAAAAGUGAUGAAGUACGAGACAGAUUGUCGCUAUACCAAGACAUUCGGAAGGCUCGUGCAGAUACGCUUCAAGAUUACACCAGGACUGCGGGACGAGAUGAGACGGUUGGUAAGGUGGAAAUGCAAAAGUACAUUGCCUUCAAUUUUGGCUACAAUGAGUUUGACAAUUCUGCUCAGCGACUGCGAGAGUGGAAGUGGUCGAGGCAGCAAACAUCGUACUGGCGCAUGCCCGUUGCUUUCGGACCUAUGCCUGGGCCAAGACAAGACCAUCGAGGCAAACCUCGAGACGGAACAAGUUCUACCUUUGUCACUGCUUCAAUCAAAAUUAAGACGUCGAGAACUGUGUUACAAAACCUUUUUCCACCUGGCUCGAAAGCGUGGCGGUUCAAGUCACCAGGCACAAUUGCCUACUGCUCUUUCUCGCAGACAACAUUGGAUGGUAUGGAGUGGCUUGGCGGGUCAGGAUACAAUCAUCUGGGGCUCUACAUUCAUGGUGUCGAAUACGUGAAGGCAGAUGGAUCCAUCGUUAGUGGAGUAUACAUGCCAAUCCUGUUCGAAAGCUUAACAGAUCCCAUCGUGUCUGGAAGAGACGAGCUCGGAAUGCCGAAGCUAUACUCAGCGAUUGACGUUGGUCGGAGUACGAAUUCAUACAACGUCACUGCCAGCUGGCGAGGGCAGACAUGGGGCCACUUCGAGUGGAACAGCUUGCAGGAGGACGAUAUAAGCAAUACAGCAGGCAAGAUGACGGGUGACGAUGCUGACAAAGGCAUCUUGGUGCAAAGGUACAUUCCAGCAGUGGGUCGAGAACUCAAAGGUCAUGCCGAGGCAGACUACGCUGUAUUCGAGGACUUCGAUGGCGUGAAUCCUAAACCAAGACCAGAACGAACAUGGUCAACAACCAACGCUCGAUUCUCGAUCGAACCUGGGUCCUGGAAGACUCUCCCAACACUACAUCAUGUCAUCUCAAGACUGGCUGAGAUACCUGUUUAUGAACUUAUCGCUGCAAAAGUCGUCUCGGGAACUGGUGUGCCGGACGUUUCAGGAGCUCACAAGUUCAUGGGAAACGGCGGCUACAGUCCAAACGGAGACGCAUCCAUGAAUCUUUUAACGACUCAGUCAUUGCUACCGGUCCUUACGCUCCUGCUCAUUGGUAUGGUAUUGAUCUCGUUCUACAAUGCCUUUCGUAAUCCGCUGAAUAAGGUACCUGGACCUUGGCAUACCCGUUUCACGAAUCUUGGACUUAAACUCUCUGUGAUCACUGGUCGUCGAAUGUUCUAUGUCGACUCUAUGCACCAGAUAUAUGGUCCUAUCGUCCGCAUCUCGCCUACAGAAAUAGCUGUCAGCGAUCCUUCCGCAUUCCAAGCCAUUCAUAAGAUUGGCUCCGGAUUUAACAAGACAAAAUGGUAUCAGGAACUUGUUACAUUCGAUCGUCCGACCUUGUUCACCAUGACAGAUCCACGAGACCAUGCUGCGAGGAGGAAGUUGCUGGCUCGGGGAUUUAGUAAGAGCUAUCUAAGGGGAACCUGGGAGAGUUUGGUUCGAAGCAAGGUUGAGUUGACCAUUAGCAAGAUGAAAGAAGAAGGAACUGGAGGUGCAGUGGUGGAUAUCUUGAAGUGGUGGACCCUACUGGCGACUGAUGUGUCGUCGCAUUUGAUGUUCGGCCAGAGCUUUAGGAUGAUUGAAAAGGGCAAGGCCGACAUGUACAUUCAGACUCUCCAAGCGACAUUGCAGGGCGCCGGUAUAGGCGUUGAAUUACCACUUAUCCGUCAUAUCGGGAGCUGGAUCCCAACGAAUACCUGUAAACAGUUCUUCAGAUCAACUCCUUUCCUGCUAGAAUAUGGCACCAGAGCUAUUCAAGGUAGCAAGGCUCGUGGAGACAGUACUAAUAUCUUCGCCAAGAUGAUCGACGAAGGUGAUAAAGGUUCGGCUUUAGACGAGAAGGAUGUUGUCCUUGAGGCGACUGCACUGAUAGUGGCUGGGUCUGACACAACCGGCAUCUCCCUCACAUAUCUUGUUUGGGCUGUCCUCUCAAGGUCUGAGCUUAGGGACGCUUUAGAGCAGGAACUGUCGACGCUCGAGGAUGACUAUGAAGAACAACAACUUGAAGUACUCCCAUUACUCAACGCCAUCAUAGAUGAGACACUUCGUCUUUACGGUGCUGCUCCUGGCGGCUUGCCACGAGAGGUUCCUGCCAAAGGAGCUGAUAUGGCUGGUUACUUCAUUCCCGGAGGAACGACUGUCACCACCCAGGCCUACACAAUUCAUCGUAACGACAGACUGUUCCCAGAUGCUGCUAGAUUUGAUCCAUAUCGAUGGUUAGCGGACACUACAAAGCAAAAUUCAGAUGAGGCUGUAGCAAAAGGUGCUUACCAUCCGUUUGGUGCCGGCUCACGAGUAUGCCUAGGCAUUCAUCUAGCACGAAUGGAACUUCGUCUUGGCGCAGCAGAAUUCUUCCGUCAGUGUAAAGGGGCAAACUUGGCACCAUCCACAACGCAAGCGAGCAUGGAGAUGGAGAACUUCUUUCUAACUGCUCCUCGAAGUCACUAUUGCAAUAUAGUUUUUAGAUAG